UCAGUCCUGACUUCUCCAUGGUCAAAGAAAUUCUGUAUGAAGGAUUUUUAUAAAAUCUUCUGGGAGAAGAAUUUAGAAAUGGAUUUGUCACACGUCAUCACCUAUUUCAGGAUACAACUUGAUCUUGAUAUUUUGUUUUUUUUGUCUUGCUGUUGUUUAUAGUCUUUAAACUUCUGGUAUCUGGAAUGGAAAUUGUGACCUGGAUCUUCUCUACAAUAGUGGCUGGAUUGAGUGUCUGGACUUAUAUCCUGGUCAUUCCACUUUGAAGAUGUUUUUGCCUCCAAAUUCCUGAGAUCCUAACGUUCCAGGUGGUGUACGAGGAGGAUGGCAUUAGAGUGCAAUGAGAUGAAUGGACAGGAAGGUAGCGGUAGAUCUACUGAAGAAUCUGAAGGAGUGUAUGAGCAAAGAAGAAAUCAAGAGGGGAGGGAAGAAAUAGAGGAAACACCUGACCCCACCCAUAAACAGGUCACACCCCAUACGAGAGAAGCCCAGUCAGAAGACCAGCCUUCUUCAGGGAUAUCAAGAGUAAAAGAGAGCGUACAGCAGAUAUGCCUGAUAAGUUACACGAUUCUACAACUGCUGUACAUUUAUAUGCUGGAAGACCCAGAUGUUGUGGAAUUGCUGCUGCAGCUCUUGACCCAACUUUGGCGUUUCAUCAAGUGGUCAUUUGUAAUAGUCACAGACAUACUAGAGCUCAUUGUUCUGUACCAUGUUAAUCACAUUCGAUUGUCUCCAUCCUUGUCUCGUUUUGCAAAGAAAAUUUUCUGCCAAAAGAAAUCGUACAGCAGGUUGAGCGUUGAGGAAACCGAUAGCUAUAUUGAUUUAUCUGGAAAACAAACGGAAAAAGAAAGGAGUGUCCACGAAGCGAAUGAGGGAGGAGAGGAACCAUCUCGUCCCACCCAUAGAUGGGUUAAUCAGACUCAACCACUAGACCAGACUUUAUCAGAAAUAUGGAGAAAACUAGUUGAGAACUUCCAGCAGAUGUACCUCAUUCUUUGCUAUAUUCUCCAUCCUAUUUGCAAACAUUUCCGUCAAGAUCUGGAUGUGGUGGAUUCUCUGCUUCUGCUGACCGUCAACUUCUGGCGUUGUUUAAAAUGGGCAGUAAUACUAGUCAUAAUCACAUCCAUUUAUAUCCUCUUCUGCUGUGAACUGUUGGAGACACAUCUGAAGAUCUUCGUUCCAUUGUUAUCCAUGUGUAGAGGGAGGACUCCACCAAACAGCCUCCUGUAUCUCAGCUACGUGACUUAAUUGGAUUGCUGGAAACACCUCAACAGAUCUUCAUUCCGUCUUUAUUGAUGUGUAGAAGGAGAACUCCACCAAACAGCCCCCUAUGUCUAAGUUACUGGUUUUAGAGUUUUUGCUUGUAGUUACUCUUUUACAUAUUUUAGACUAUUAGAUCAAAUACCGUAGAAGGCAUUUUAUAAGUUUAUGACGGUGCUCAUAGCCACUUUUUUAUUCAUUUGUAUGUUUAGAAAUUACAAUAGGAAUGGUUAUCAUUGGAAUAACACUUAGCAGUGCAGUAAAGAGUAAAACCGUUUCUACCAGAGCGGCUGAAGAAAUUGUCUCUACGUUUUUGGGUUCAGUUCUUUUACAUGGGACUUACGCCACUAUUGUUACAAUAGUACUUGAACUGUUUGAGUUAUCAAUAUAUUAUAAUUGCAUAUGUGGUAUAUAGAUGAUGAUUUGAUAGGGUAGCAGAUACUAGGAUAAAUACUGUCUGUGUUUUGUCUGAUUAUGCAGAGUUGUUUAAGCAGGGUUGUGGAGGGCAAUCCUUCCUAGUGUAGCGUUAAGGGCUUGCCAGGUCUACAAGGCAGGCAGAGAUAUAGAGAGCAAGGGAAGGAACCACCACCAUGGACCACAGUUUGAUGCAAGCUGUUGAUGCAAAGCAUUAAAGGGGUAUUUCACAGGAUAAGGGAUAACUAUCAGAUUGGUGGGGGCCCCAGCGGCCACCGCUCCAUUCAUUUCUAUGGGAGCAUCGGAGGUAGCCGAGUACAGUGCUCGUCCAUUUCCGUCACUGCCAUAGAAAUGAAUGGAGCAGCAGUACACAUUUCUGACCAGUCACUCCGUCCAUUUCAAGGGGGCUACACUGUUCUCAUAAUCGAUGGGGUUUCCAUCAGUAGGACCCCCACCGAUUUGAUAGGGGAUAACUUGUUAUAACCAGAAUACCCCUUCAGAAUUCUGUGAAUUGUACCGAGCAGAUGUGAAACGUCCAAGCUUGAACUGUCCUCCGUGAAGCAGAAAUGUAUUACUAGGUUUAUGACAAGUAAAGCCCACCUGUGAGUUUACAUCCAGCUCCUGUUUCAGCGGUUCACUUGGGAGCAGUACAUUUGCGUGCAGAACCUCCAUUUUUAUUUCAUAUGUGAGCGCCCUGGGGAGGAAAUCAGAAAUGGCCGCCCUGAUGAGUGUUAACCAGCUUUGCUCAGGCAACAACCUCCUCAGGUUCCCAUUUUUAGGUUAUCACACUAUGACAUGUAAUAAAAUUCCACAGAUUCCAUAGUUACCAAUAAAAUUAGUGACACUUAAACUCCAGCCCUUGGAAAGCACUUAAUCUCCCCACCUUUGUGGUAAAUUAGCCUUUUCUCACUUCUUCCUUAUUGGUGUCACCCCUAUCCUGCCUUCCAGUCAUAUUCUUUGCUCUACACAAUACAGGGGACUCCUGUCUGCCAUGUGCCUCAGCCACACACUGACACACUUCCUGUAAUCGGCCCUUUCUUCUAGUCUUCCAUUUCUGCACCACUACAGAGGCCUCUAGUGGCAGAAAUAAUUAUUGCAGGUUUAACUUCAAAACAUUGUAUUACCUACUUUUAAAACUAAGAAGGCAAAUAAGCCAGUAAUACGAGUAUAUAGUCACAUUGGUAAGAGGUGCUAAAGUAGUUUACUGCUCUCGGGUGUCUGUGAAUUUGUGACCAUACAAUAGCUCUUAGGAGAUAAAAAUGGCUGCUGAGCCCUCACUCUACAAAUCACAUAUUUAUUUUUGCAUUUACUACACGCAUUACAAAAUUGUUGAAACAUUCGUAAUGCUUUUUAAACCACUUGCUAAACCUAAAUGCCAUGUUGUCAGUGUAAAUCUAUCUAGUUUUAUUUUUUUUCUGAUAGUUUUCUAAUGUUACGUAGACUUAAAUGAUAACUUUCUAGCAGCUUGCAACCACCACUAGGGGGACCUUAGGAGCUUGACGCAUACAGAUUUAUUUAGAAGUUCAAUGAGAGAGGUUUACAGUAAGGUCUUAAGCUCCCCCUUGGGGUGUCUGCAGGUGCUGUAUGGCUCUGUGAAAUAGGACAUUUGGUGCUUGGCAAAAAAUAGAGCUCCAGGGACUAAAUUAUAAUUAGAGAUGAGCGAAUUUCCGCUUAUGAAAUUCGUUCACACUUCGUUUGGUGGUAAAAGGUGAAUUGCUUUAUGGAUUCCGUUACCACGGACCAUAACGCAAU